AUGUCGCUAGAACAGCUCUUCUCCACUUCCGAGCUCAACGUCCUCGUCCCCGACACAACGCUAGAAUUCCCUUCAGAAACGACGGCGGAUGAAUGGCUUUCCAGAGCGAAAUACAGCAAGAUAGAGAGAAAGCAAGCUUUUUUUGAUGAACAGCUGCUAUCGCUCCUUAUGCUUCGUAUCAAGCCACCAGCGCUGUCUGUACCCUCCGAUCCAACGGAUCCUCCAGAAUUGUUGUUGGAGUUUCUUUCGCAUUUACAAGUUUCGUUGGAAGCCACAUAUAUAUCCUCUGUACCACAACCUGGUCCGAACGACACGCCACGGACGCCAGCAUCUCGACUCUCUGCACCACCUCGGACAUCUAGUCUUGGUCCCCCCAAACCAACUCACCGCUAUAGUGCACACCAUCCAUCCAUUUUACCGCCAAGCACCCCACAUCCUAUGCCUUCAACCGUGGAACAAGAUCGAAAGUAUGUAUCCUCCGAGGGGACUCUCUUGUUGGCCAACAUAUGGGGCGCGAAUACAGCAGACGACUCUCCUGAGACGUUCUCCCUUCUUUGGUCUGAAGAGGAAGAGGUGUGGGUUGCCGUUUACCGGCUUUCGUUAACCGUUUCUUUCCUCCGUCUCAACUUCUCAAAUCCAUUGCUUUGCUUGACUGUAUCUGCAACACUUCGAGAUAAGAGGAUUAUCAAUAACGAAAAGCACCCUCUCGCAAAGUAUCUGGCUACCCUUGGCCUCAAGCCCCCAGAAUCUCCUACCACGCCCACUGGAGAAGCACUACCAGAAUCAGAGGAGAAAUUGUUUGAUGGGCUCGAAGAAGUGAACCUUUUAGCAGGUCUUGCAGCUGGGCCGACAUUUGCACGAGCAGACCCACCUCUAAACCUCCCAUCUAUCCGCCUCGGUCAAGUCACGCGCCAAAAACUCUUCUCACUUCCCCCCAUCCUAAUGGACACCCCAGUACCCUCCCCUUCACCAAUGACAGCCGUCCGCAAAUCCCUCCCAACACUCCGAAAAUCCUACCGCCGCACACUCCAAACAGUCUCCGGAUUUCGAGUCCGCAUGCGCACAGUCUUCGUCCCUUACGUUCUCCUCCCAGAAACGGAAGGAACCCUCGCAGAACUCGACGAUACAGAAAAAGAGCGCGAGCGGAGAGAAGCAGGGAGUGCCGAGCGGACGGUGGUACUUUGCGUGGAGAUUGAGAACUCUGGCGAGUCAGGUAUUGGCGCUGGUUUCGUGGUUGAGAAGGUGGAUGUGAAGAUUGGCGGGGAAGGUGCGAAGGCGACGCUUAUUGGCUGGGGAGAUGGUGGCUUUAGUUCGGACGCGGCGAAGAAAACGUUCCCUCUGCGGAUUGGACCUCUGGCACAGUAUAACUUGCUCUAUGCCGUUUCGUUCUUGCGAUCUCCGGAGGAGAUGGAUGCGUUUUCGUUCGCAAGAGCAGCUGGUGUAGGUGGACCUCCUCAGUCUGAUCUCCAACGUGCAGUCACCAUCAAUAUUUUUGGAAAACCUUACAUCCCACCUCGUCCAUCCACGGAGACAUCCCCCUUACUAUACCCUACCAACACAUUCUCCUCACGAUGGAACUGCGUCCUCGACCUCGCAGCACACCAAGCCCAAGCCCUGGACGCCAUGGACGUCUCAGACCCCGCAGGAGGGCACCCCAGCAUCCUUCCUGAACCAGCAUCCCCCUUUCCCAUAUUCGCAACCAACUCCGCCUCCUCCUCCCGCACGCAUUACACUGGCUCCGGCACUCCAACAUACACAGCUGGAUCAACACCUCAAGCCUCUAGCAGGCGGUCCACCUUAACUCCCGGUGGCUACUACGCUGGAAGAUCAAUCAAAGGCCUAACACCAAACCGAUCAGCCAUGUUCCUCCACCCAGGAUUCACCGUAUCCCCUCUGAACUCUGGGAGAUUCUCUACCUCCUCCGUACCCAUCUCCGGUAGCGGCCACAGAUUCCCGACCACUUACAGCGCCCCUCCACCGCCUCCACCACCACAUACACCCGGGGUCCCACCUUCAUCCGCAGGAACGGAAGCAGAAGAGCACCUAGGACCCCCAUUCGACACCCAAACCACACCUCAAACACCAGCAUACCCCGCCUUCCCGCCUAAAUCCACCAUACCCCCCUCCCCCAUGUCCCUUGGCCCCAUCGCCUCACAGACACAAGCCAACGUCGGUCCAAGCGUCGAGAUCCGCAGGGAGAGGGGCGCAGCAGCGGGUGAGAUACCGCGUACACCUGGCCCAUACGUCCCCAGUGCAUUUGGCGAACAGAGGAUGUUGAAUAAACUGCAGAGCGCUGCAGCGGGUGGGGAGAAUAUCGUUGUUUCUGUCGGUUUGCUACCGUUGGAAGUUGCAGGUGAUGGGAAUGGGAAUGGAAAGAGGAGUAGCGUUGUUGGUUCUGUGUUGGGGCCGGGGAAGAUAUACCCUUUGGAUGUGUUCACGUUGGAUAUUUUCGUGUUUAACCAGAGUGGGUGGCCGAGGAGGUUGGAGGUGACGUGUCCUGGGGAGAGAAGACGGGGGAAGGGGAGGAAGGAGGAAGAGAAGAGGAGGAGUGUGAUGGGCGGUGGAUUGGCGAGGAAGAUGGGGUAUCCUGGGGUUUUGGCUAUGGAUAGUCGGGUGCGGAUUGGCCCACUUCGGCCCUCGUCAUGCCAGAGUGUGAGGAUGGACUUCUUGGCCGUGUCACCUGGUGUACACUCGAUUGAUACGCUAACCCUGACAGACGUAGAGACUGGGUUUUCAAUGAACUUGAGGGCGGUGAUGGACAUUGUCGUGCAUGACCCUGAUGAUUAGGAUUUCUUGUUGUGGUUGCCCUAUACCGGAAGCUCGACAUUACAGAUAAUGAUGCGCCGCCUCCAUCGUACGAGGAACGAAGGACUUCCAGUCCGCACGGCGCUCCGUUGAAGUGGAAAGGGACCGAUACGAUCUCCACUUCCAUGUAGCCCGCAACCUGAUAAGCAACGGAUUUCUUGCACAUAUCAGGAGUCAUGGUGGAUUAUCCUCAAGAAAUGGACUGGGUGGAUAGAACAUAUAGUCAAAUGUAUCGCUGGGCUGAUUGAAUGAUAUGAACCACACCAAGAACUUCUG